UUUCCAAGAUGGCGCGUGUGCGAAGAUGCUUUGUUCGCGGUGUUUUAGCGCGUCCUUUCCGAAUAUCUAUUUUUUUCCUCCUGCUGUCCGACAGAAAUAAACAGUCGCAGUUUCUGGAAGUUCAACUAAUCCCGGACCCUGAUUCAGACCGGAUUUAAACGUUUCUCGGCGUUUUUUUCUCUUGACUAGUCUGCCGGAGGCCUACAAAGCUAGCUGAGUUAGCUUAGCCUGCUAACUGGGCCUGUUGUGUGGCGAAACAGUUUGUGUCAUUGUGUAAAAAUGUCUACAGUCCAAAUGCUGAGAGCGUUACUGAAGCAGCGACUACCUGCAGAUGAUGAAGAAGAGAUAUUUGAGCUGCUUGAAAGAACCACAGAAGGAUACGAGGAGGAACUUUGUCGUCUAGAAGAAGAGAACGAAGCACAACGACAACUGCUGGAAGCAGUUUGUAACUCGGAAGUUUGGUUACGCAGAACAGAUGAUGUACAACAACCCAUGGUAAUUAAAGAAGAGGAGUCCCCUGAAGACCAAGCAUGGAGCUGCAGUUAUACCCAAGUGGAACCAGCAGGGCCACAAAUCAAAGAGGAAAAUGAAGAACUGUGGACCAGUGAGGGACAAGAACACUUUCAUGAGUUGAGUGAUAUGGAUAUCAUCCAGUUCCCAUUCACCCAUUUCGCUGUGGAACAUCAAAAUGAUAGGACUCUUCAUUCUUCAGAGAUUCAUCAUUGCCCAGCUGAGAAGAACAGUGACUCUGAACCUCAAGCCAGCAGCUCAACUGAGCAAAUGAAAACUAAAUAUAGAGCAGAUAGUGGAGUAUCAGAACCAGCUAACAGUUUAGCUGUAGACAUUAAUUUACCACCACAUAUAGAUGUCAUGCUUUCACAGUCUUCGGAAUCUGAGACAGAAGUCAGUGAUGUUGAUGACUGGAAGGUAACCAGGCAAUCUCAAUCAAACUUGAAGUUUCUUAAAAAUCACAAACUCCCUCUAAAUAUUAGCAGAUCUAAUGAUGGCCCAAAAGAAUUUACAUGUUUGGACUGUGGUCAAGCAUUUGGUAGAAAAGAUACUCUGAGGGUUCACUUAAGAACUCAUACAGGAGAGAAACCAUUUAGCUGUUCUAAAUGUGGUCAGAGUUUUAGCAUUGCAUGUAAUCUGAAGGAACAUAUGAGAACUCAUACAGGAGAGAAACCUUUUAGCUGUUCUGACUGCGGUCAAAGGUUCUUUCGAAAAGUCCGUCUGAAAGAACACCUGUUGACUCAUUCAGGAGAAAAACCCUUUAGCUGUUCUGAUUGCGGUCAAAAGUUUGGUCGAAAGGAUAAGAUGAGGGUCCACAUGAAAAGUAAUACAGUAGAGAAUCCUGUUAGCUGUUCCGAAUGUGGGCAACUCUUUACCAUGAUGUGUAGUCUGAAGUCCCACAUGAGAAUUCAUAAAGAAGAUACUCCUUGUAUCUGUUUGAGUGCGGUCAAAGAUUUAGUCGAAAGAGCAACCUGAAGGAACACCUGAAAGUUCAUACAGGAGAAAAACCUUUUAGCUGUACUGAGUGUGAUCAAAGAUUUGGACAAAAGGGCACCCU